AUGUCUUCCGAUCAAACUCAAUCGCUCAGCAAGACGUCUUUUAAGUUCUUCGGGCUCGGAGGUAGCAACGAAGUUGGCAGAUCGUGUCACAUCCUGCAAUAUAAGGGCAAGACCGUGAUGCUCGAUGCAGGAAUCCACCCAGCCCAUCAAGGAUUAGCCUCGCUGCCCUUCUACGAUGAAUUUGACCUUUCCACAGUUGAUGUACUCCUCAUUUCACAUUUUCACUUGGAUCACGCUGCUUCUCUGCCCUAUGUAAUGCAGAGGACCAAUUUUCGAGGUCGAGUUUUCAUGACACAUCCAACCAAGGCCAUCUAUCGUUGGCUCCUAAGUGAUUUCGUCAAAGUCACCAGCAUCGGGUCUUCUGGUUCAACAGACAAAGACGAAAACCUUUACUCGGAUGAGGACCUGGCGAAAUCUUUUGACAGAAUCGAAACUAUAGAUUUCCAUUCCACCACCGAUGUGAAUGGGAUCAAAUUUACUGCUUUCCAUGCCGGCCACGUACUGGGUGCUGCCAUGUUUCAGCUCGAGAUUGCGGGAUUGAAAACACUAUUUACUGGCGACUACUCUCGGGAGAUAGAUCGGCAUUUGAAUUCUGCCGAGGUUCCUCCAUCUUCCUCUGACAUUCUAAUCGUUGAGUCUACAUUUGGCACUGCCACUCACGAACCUAGAGUCAACCGAGAAAAGAAGUUGACGCAACUCAUACACUCAACAGUGUUGCGAGGGGGCAGAGUUUUGUUACCUGUAUUUGCACUGGGAAGAGCUCAGGAGAUCAUGCUGAUCUUAGACGAAUUCUGGUCCAAACACUCCGAGGAGUUGGGCAACGGCCAAGUUCCCAUCUUUUACGCUUCGAAUCUGGCUAGAAAGUGUAUGGGUGUGUUCCAAACGUAUGUGAAUAUGAUGAACGACGACAUAAGGAAAAAGUUUAGAGACUCCCAAUCCAAUCCUUUCAUUUUCAAAAAUAUCUCUUACCUCAAGAACCUUGACGAUUUUCAGGAUUUUGGGCCUAGUGUUAUGCUGGCUUCUCCCGGUAUGUUGCAAAACGGUAUAUCAAGGGACCUUUUGGAAAAAUGGUGCCCUGACAACAAAAACUUGGUUCUUAUUACCGGGUACUCUGUGGAAGGGACGAUGGCUAAAUAUAUCAUGCUGGAACCUGAUACGAUUCCUUCCGUCAACAAUCCGGAAGUUAAUAUACCAAGACGUUGUCAAAUCGAGGAGAUAUCGUUCGCAGCGCAUGUAGACUUCCGUGAAAAUCUGGAGUUUAUGGAAAAGAUUGGUGCGAGAAAUGUUAUACUGGUGCAUGGCGAAUCGAACCCUAUGGGCCGUCUGAAAUCAGCGCUUUUGUCGAAUUUUGCAUCAUUGAAGGGAACAGAGGACGAGGUUCACGUAUUCAACCCGCGUAACUGUGUUGUGGUUGAGUUGGAGUUUUCAGGGAUCAAAGUCGCAAAGGCCAUUGGCAAUAUUGUGGACGAAGUAACAAGCGCUUUGGGUGUCCAAGUCAAGCCGGACCUUGGCAGUGAAAUCAAGGCAGAACAAGAAGAGAGCAAUGGGUCACCAGACAGGAAGAAGGAGACGGACGAGAAAACAAUUGUUUCGGGGAUUUUGGUUUCGGAUGAGAAGAAUUUCGAUUUGAAUCUGGUAUCACUUUCGGAUCUGAGGGAUUACCACAUGGAUCUAUCAACCACCGUGCUGCGGGAGCGUCAAACCAUCCAUAUAGACUGCAAAAAAGAGUUGAUCUAUUGGCACCUGUGUCAGAUGUUUGGAGACAUGGAAGUCUUAAUCGACGACGAGGGCAUCACUCACAAGACCCAGGAGCCUGCGAAGCCAAGCGCGAACAAUGCAGGUGAGCUCGAGUUAAAAAUCAUGGGCGACGUUAAACUGAAUAUUAUCAAGAGUGUCGCGACUUUAGAGUGGUCUCAAGGAAUAAUGAAUGACACAGUCGCAGACAGUGUAAUGGCUAUACUUCUCAGUGUUGACUCUUCGCCUGCAAGUGUUAAAAUGAGCAGUCGAAGCUGUAAUCACGAUCACGAUCACGAUCACGAUCAUGAUCACGGUCACGAUCACGGCCACGAUCACGACCACCCAGAAGACAAGCAUUAUAAAGGAAACGGCAUUGGCAGCGAACACGACGACCUGUGGAAAAUUAAACAAGUUGCCCGACUCUGUACGGAACAAUUCGGCGAUUGUUUCAGUUAUAAAUUCCACGAAAGUGACACCGCUGGCGAUAUUAUGGGCGACGUCACCAUAGGGAAAACGAAGGCCACCAUUAAUUUGUCGCAAAUGAAAGUCGCAGAAUGCGAUUCUAAUCCUCUUAAAGGCAGAAUCGAGAGUAUACUAAGCAUUGCCAGCGAUCUGGUAGCACCGCUGUGCUGA